AUGAUCAAGGCGGCGAUUCUGGCGGCAGCGGCGCUGCUGCUCUCGGGCGUCUGCGCGCUGGACGAGGCCACGCUGCGGCUGAGCGUGACCAAGGAGCGCAGCGCGGCCGAGUGCGACGACAACUGCGAGCGCGACUUCAUGCCCGUGUGCGGCUCGGACGGCGUCACGUACGGCAACGACUGCCUGCUGGAGUUCGCCAUCUGCGAGAACGCGACCAUCUCCAAGCUCUCGGAAGGCAAGUGCAUCAAGCAUUCGACGUAG